UCUAACCUAUCUGGCUUUAAUCUCACAACAGAAUAUUUCUUCAGUCAUUGUAAGAGUGUAGUGAACACAGAUGAUAUUCAUUCACAGUGCUUAAAGAGGGCAAAAUCAAUGGCAAAAUCUUCACGAGCAAAGAGAAGAAGAAACAAGAGUUUAAAUGAAUCUCAAUUGAUGUCAUCCUCCAGUGAUCCAAUGACUGAAGAGCUUCAGUGUUCAAUCUGUCUGGAUGUGUUCAAUGAUCCAGUCAGCACUUCAUGUGGACACAACUUCUGCAAGAUCUGCUUGAAUACAUACUGGGACAACAGUGAGAACUCCAGCUGUCCAAACUGUAAAGAAACAUUUAACCAAAGACCUGAUCUCAAGAUUAAUACAACACUUAGAGAAGUUGUGCAUCAGCAUAAGAAAACUGCAGAGAAACCUGAAGUCCUCUGUGACAUCUGUGAGGAAGUAAAGAGGAAGGCUUUGAAGUCCUGUCUGCUGCUGGCGGAGAUGGGGGAGAAGCAGAAAGCAGCAGAGAAAAAGUAUGAAGAUCUCAUUAAAGAUUUGAAGCAGAAGAUCACUGAGCUGAAGAGAAGAAACACUGAGCUGAAGAAAAGAAACACUGAGCUGGAGAAGAUCACAAACACUGAAGAAAAGCAUCUACACCUCAUACAGGUCACUGAAUCUCUCUCUUAUCAGUCAUGCAACUCUUUAAUAACUUCAUUGAGUUCUUAG